AUGCGUGAGCAGAUCUCUGGGCUGUGGACUGCCCAGUGGCUGGACGGCUCUCUUCCUCUGGUAGACUCUCUGUUGGACUUUCUAGAUCAGAAACUGGAACUCCUGACAGAUCUCAAACCCAGCUGUACUCAGUGGGUGCUGGGGCGCCUCCAUCGGGAUGUGGCGCUGCGUUACUUUAAAAACCUUCUGAAGACAAAGAGGCGGAACCAGAAGGAACAGGUGGGCGGGGCCAACAGAAUGAAGGACGAUGUCACCAAAAUGGACGCCUUCUUCACUCAACAGGGCAGUGGCUCUCAGUGGGUCUCUCAGCUCCUCCUUCAAGUGGCUGAGGUCCUCAGGCUUCAGGACCCAGACUCAGUCCAACUGGAGCUGCUGUCUCUGAUCCAGCUCUGCCCCGACCUCAGGUACAGAACAGGCAGCACAGUGGCUGUGUAG